UUUUAAUAAAAAUGUUCAGAAUUUUUAGGCCAAGAACUUUUGGUUACCUGAAAGCAAGGAAAUUCACCGCUAAUACUAACUUACUGGGAAGAAGUCUCAAAGGAGAAGGCGUAAAAGCAGCUAAGAAUAGAGUCAUUGGGUAUGAUAAGAUGGUGUUAAACAAGCUUUCUUUCUUCCAUCUCACAGGGAACGUGUUCACUGCUUACUGUGUUCUAAAAUCCAUCGGAUGGGCUCAGUCAAUUCUUGAAAGGAAGCAGAAUAAGAUCUAUGAGGAUCAGAUCUUGAGUGAAGUUGCUAAGUCUAAAGGAGUUCCUAUCAGUGAGACAAAACAAUUUGAGUAUUCCGAAUAUUUGGAUCAAUACACACAAGAGUUAGCACUUUCUUUGCCAAUAAUUUUCCUCUUGGGAAUGUACACCAACAGAAGGUUCGGAUCAGUCUACUCUUUCAAGCUGCUAGCCGCUUCUUAUGGACUUGGAUUCUUAUUGAGACAUACAGGUUUUGGCCCCUCAGGAGAGUUUGAAGGUUCCUCUUUGAAUAUCGCUGGAGCUUUAGGAGCUCAUACUAUUCUGAGAGUAGGGUUGCCAUUCCCAGUCGCGUUGCUAUUAUCUUCUUCACUAAUUCCAUUCACUGGGCUCGCUGGACCAAUUGCGGGGUCUAUCUUUGCGAUUGCAUUCUAA